GAAAUAUCAACAUCUAUCACCUGCCCAGUCCCCUCUAAAAUCCCCAAUCGAAUCGCGAAUAGAAGAAGAAUCGGACAAACUGGUACUCGGAUUUGCAAAGUUUUUCGCUGGGGCAAAAUAAAAUUUGACAAACCAGGAAACAGUUGCAGUUGUCGUGGAGUGCGUGUGCGCCUUGUCCGAUGCGAGUGUAUGCGAGUCCGAACCAGACACAAUCACACACGGAGCACGGAGGAGAGCGUAACUAAAAACACAAAAACCAACAAAACACACAAUUUAAUUGAAUUACAAGUGAAAUUAGAGUGAGUGCCACUGAUAAUUGUGGACAGCACAACACAAUCGAAGCGAACGCGUUACGUGAAAAGCCAAACGGCAGGUUGGAAAGUGCAGCAGCAAGAAUUCGCAGCCAGUUGCUGGCCCAGGAAAAAAAUUGAUUUUCCACAAUUGCAAUUGGAAGGCAAAGCAAAGAAAAGCAAAAGCAAAGAAAAACGAGGAGGGAGAGAGCCCAACCGACGACGUGCGUGCGAGAGUGAGAGAGGGGGAGUUAACGAGAGUGUGGGAGUGGAAGUGGUGGUGAUAUAGUGGUAGUGGAAGUGGGAGAAGGGCAAGAGAGUACAGAUCCACAUCCAGGCAUCCCAUCCAGGCGCAUCCUUUAUCCUCGCAUGCAAUGAAUAUUGUCGGGGACUAUGAGUACAGCUCCAAGGAUAUGCUUGGCCACGGCGCCUUUGCCGUCGUCUACAAGGGCCGUCAUCGCAAGAAACAUAUGCCGGUGGCCAUCAAGUGCAUCACCAAGAAGGGACAACUGAAGACCCAGAACCUGCUGGGCAAGGAGAUCAAGAUCCUGAAGGAGCUCACCGAGCUGCACCAUGAGAAUGUGGUGGCUCUGCUGGACUGCAAGGAGUCCCAGGAUUGCGUCAGCCUGGUUAUGGAGUUCUGCAAUGGAGGGGACUUGGCUGAUUAUCUGAGUGUGAAGGGGACGCUUAGCGAGGAUACUGUCCGACUUUUCCUCGUUCAACUAGCUGGUGCUAUGAAAGCACUUUAUACCAAAGGAAUUGUGCAUCGUGAUCUCAAGCCACAAAAUAUUUUGCUAUCGCACAAUUAUGGCAAAACCUUGCCAGCUCCAUCUAAGAUAACUCUGAAAAUUGCCGAUUUCGGGUUUGCGCGAUUUCUUAACGACGGUGCCAUGGCCGCCACUCUUUGCGGUUCACCCAUGUAUAUGGCACCCGAGGUCAUUAUGUCGCUGCAGUACGACUCCAAGGCAGAUCUCUGGUCGCUGGGCACGAUCGUCUACCAGUGCCUGACUGGCAAGGCGCCAUUCUACGCACAAACGCCCAAUGAGUUGAAGUUCUAUUACGAGCAGAACGCCAAUCUGGCGCCCAAAAUUCCGAAUGGAGUUUCGCCAGACUUGAGGGAUCUGCUACUGUGCUUGUUGCGGCGCAACGCCAAAGAUCGCAUCUCGCAUGAGGCCUUCUUUGUGCAUCGCUUCCUCCAGGGCAAGAAGGCGGCCACUUCACCAGGUGAGCCAAGCCCCAGUCCUAGCCAUGCGGCCAAUUUGCGGCGGCGCGUUUCUAAGCCUGGUGUUCUUGCAGUUGACAUGCCACCAUUGGGCGGAACACCUCCCAUCAAGGCCAAGAGCCCGCUGCAGCAGCAGAUGGAGCAGGAACUGCAGCUGGUUAAGAUGGCCGAGCAGCAGCAGAAGGAGCGCGAGGAGCAGGAGGCGGCCCUAGAGGAGGAGAACACGGUCUCCGUGGUGGCCAACCCGGCCAUCUGUGCCACCAUCACCAAUGUGGGUGUCCUGUGCGACAGCGAGAACAACAGUGGCUCUUGCAGCUCCCACGAAGACUCUGAUGACUUUGUGCUGGUGCCCAAGAACCUGCCAGAGGACCAGCGCCAAGCCCAGACCCAGCCCCAGGCAGCUGCUCAAGCCCCGCACGCUUCCGGCGGCCAGCGGCUCCAACAGCAGAAUCAAUCCAGUCCGCCACGCCCCAGUAGUCUGCCCAUCUCGGAGCCCAAGCCAGUGCCGGCACCGGCUCGUCGCCAUGUGACCAGCAAUGCCGCUGGUUCUCCAGCCAGAUCUGGCCCCUUGACAGUGGCCACUCUUGCGGCUGCCGGGCAGCAGAUACCCCGAUCCCAGCCCAUUAGCGUAAAGCAGCCGCGGCCGGAUCAGCGCAAGAGCAGCGUAAGCAGCGACAUUAAUUCCAUCUCACCGCCGGCGGUGCAAUUUGCCAUUGGAACGCCACCGACCCGGAUGCGAUCCGCCUCCGGGGGCUCGCUGUCGGAGACUCCACCGCACGCCCCCAGCACCUGGCAGGUGUCGCCGGGCCACUCCCAGUCGCCACUGCGUCGUAGCGGCAACAGUUCCCCGGUUCUGCCGUCCGCUGCCCUCACCAAGUUGCCCACCUUGGGCAGCCCAACCAUGCUAGUGGCGCCCGGAUCCCUGGGAUCCAUUGGUUCAGCAGGCAGCGGAUCGGAGAACAAUAACCAGCAUCAUAUGCUGGGACCGCGGGCCUUUACGCUGCCCGAACUGGGCGCCACGGGUGGCCUGCACAGCUUGUUGGACACGGGAGCUGGCGGCGGCGGUGAGCCACAUGCAUUCCAGGCUCCGGAGCUAUCGGAGGAGACGCUCAUGGAUCGCGAGCACAACGAGACACUGUCCAAGCUCAACUUUGUGCUGGCUCUCACCGACUGCAUCCAGGAGGUGGCCGAUUCGCGGUGCGCUCCGCUCUCCACAUUGAUGGUGGCCGGCAGCCAGUCAGCGGCAGGUGGGGCGACGGCAGAUGCCCAGCAGAUUCCACCCCAUGCUCCGGAGCACUGCAAGCGGGCCGAGCGCCUGGUGCUGCUGGUUCGGGGACUCCAGCUUCUGUCUUCCGGCUUGAAUCUGGCCUCCCAGCAGCUGCGAAAUGGCCACCUCAAGCCAUCGUCCAAUGUGAAGAAUGCUCUGCUCACCAUGAACACCAAAUACCGGAGCAUGCUCUUCGAAUCCAAGCGCCUAAAUGGCAGUGGCCUGUUGCAGAAGGCGAAUGCAUUUAAUAUAACGGCGGACAAGAUUCUCUACGACUAUGCUUUAGAUAUGUGCCAAGCGGCUGCUUUGGACGAGCUUUUGAAGAACACCAAGAAUUGCUUCGAGCGCUACAACACCGCACACAUUCUGCUGCAUUCUUUGGUGCAAAAAUGUAAUCAUCCCCAGGACAAAAUGCUGUUGAAUAAGUAUCGCGAUGCUGUGGAGAAACGUUUGAGCAUAUUGCAACAGCAUGGAUACAUCUAUAUGACGGAUGAGAAUGCCUAAAGUAUUGACAGGCUACGGGACGAGCUUUAUUCCAGCGGCAAUCUUCACAAACAGCAGAACAUUUCCUUAAGUUAUUACCGUUUUCGUUGGGAGUGCAAACAUGUGAUUGAAACAAAAACUACACUAUCCAUACAUAGACAUACCGAUAAAUAAUUUAAACCACACCCACAUCUUCAUUAUUUCGCGCCUCCCCAGCCCCAAACCCCAAACACAGUCCCAAAAUUGUCCAAUGUAAAUAGUUUGAGGUAUACAAUUGUAUGUAGUUUUUGGUUUUUCUAUAUAAUUUUCUGCCCCUCGCGGCAACCAUAAUUGUUAAAGCUUAUAUAUCGAGUGCAGAUGCAACAUGAAUAAGGGCAUAUAAGGAGUCCAUGUAGAUCUAAGAUAACCAUAAUAUAUAUAUAUAUGUUUACAUAUAUAUGUGCAAGAACACGAAAGCUAACCAAGCAACCAUAUGGAUUAGAGUAACAUAUAAAGGGCAAUAUGCAAGCCAAACUCAGUUUAAAGCUAAUGUUUAAUGGAACAAUGUCAGACCCCAGAAAACCUAUACAUAUAUCAUGUGCUAGAAAUUCCCCGUAGCUGUAAUAUCUAUUUUCUUAUUUAACAAUCUAAUAUUCCCCCUAUUAUUAUUAUAUUCUAUGCGUACAUACAUAAAAUAUUUAUGGCUGCACUACACAAACAUGUUUACAAUGUGCUAUGUUCAUAGUUUUUAGUUAGGUCUUUUUCUAAAAAAACAAAACAAAAAACAAAAAUGAGAACUUUCAAAAUGGUAUUUCAUUUAAAUGACAACAAAUUUAUAUAUUUUAAUGAAACUUUUUAAGUUUUUCUACAACAAGAGCCCACAAAAAUUUCGACAAGAACUCUAUAUAUAUGUAUAUGGUAUACAAAAAAAGAGAGAAACACAUACAACAGUGUAUAAAAGGAGAAACAAAAUACAGAUUUAAACUA